CAUCUAGCAGCUGGCUUGUCUCGGGAGUUGGUGGAGACCAGACCAGAGCUGAAAUAAGAGUGACUGUUGUAUUAAUGUUAACCCAAUGUGACCAAAAGUCAGUUUAGGCUCACUGGUGACUCUUAGUGGUAGCAUAAAACAGACAACAUGUCAGAAAGCAGGUAACGUUACUGAGCUCCUGCUGGGUGGAGACACAGCUACACAUGGUGACUGGUUUGGUCCCACAAUCACAUAUACUGUCAGCAUGGCAUGCCUUUUAGCACUGCUGAAGACUUUGCGACAGAGAGUUGUGACAGUGACAGAAGAAGAUGACCAUUGGUGCGGCAGGGUAUUGAAAAAGUAGAGAAGAGCUCGACUGCCAGUGUUAUUUGGUAUCGCUCAGGCGGCUUUACUCAUGAACUGUGAACCAUGUACAUCAAAGAGGAAGAACAGGAAUAAGAAGAUGAGGGGGAGACGUGUGCCCUGCACAGGGAGAGAGUGAGAUUGUGAAUGAAGGUUCGGGGAGCAAGAGGAAGAGGAGAGGGAGGAGAUGGAGGUUUAGUAGCUGUGGGUAUUCAAAGCACAGUGUUCACACAGUGAGAGAGUGACUUACUGAACAGGGUGUCUGUCUCUGUGCCUCUCAGGCAGCUUAAAGCAGCUCUGCACUAUGCUCAACGGGAACCCUGCACUCCAGAGACUCUUCCUUGUCUCUUCGUUUUCCUUGUCUGGUAACCUUCUUCUUUUUUCCUCGCUGCACCUGUCUCACUGUCAUUUGCUCUUUUUUCCUGUUCUUUUUCUGCCCACUCUGUGAGCUCCUUGUUGUUGUUUCAUCUCUGUUUUAAAGCCCCUUUCACCCGGAUCUCAAUAUCGUACCCUCCAACCUCCUCCUCCUCUCUCCCGCCCUCCCUCUUCCCUUGCGUUGUUUCCCUGUUUCUCUCUCUCUCUCUCUCUCUCUCUCUCUCUCUCUCUCUCUCUCUCUCUCUGUGAGGAGGGAAAACAGAAUCAGCGGCCGAGCCACAGUGACAGCACAUGCAACAGGGUGCAAACAGCACCUUCUCCUUCUGCACCUCUCCUCUCUGACUCUCAUCCCUCCCCAGAGGAAGGCUACACUGACGAAAAGACGAACCCAGGAGUUCUGCCGAGCAGGUGAAGAUCUGAUUUCCCACUCCUUUUGAUCAAGAGAUCAGAAGAGGUGGAAAAGUAAAAGAAACAGAGGAAAGAGGAGUUGAAAGAUUCUCUUUCACAACCUUUUGAAGUGAAAAGGAAGACUUAAAGAAAAAGGAGACACACAAAGACUCAGACUAGUUCAGUAGGCAGCAGAGUUGAGAAUGAAGUGAAGAUGCCACCUGUGGCACUAGUUUGAUUAAAGAACAGCCUACUCGAUCUCAGCGUGGCUGCCCUGCUUCCCACAUCUCUUUGACCACAUUGUUUUUAAACACCAAUGGCUUCCAAGAAGAAGUGGGCCGAGCGGAGGGAGUUGCGCAGGGAUCGGCCGUUCUCCACACGGGAUGAUUCAUCUGUUGCGUCCGGGACGUCUGGGCCAGGGCGUCCCACUACGAGGGGGCGUUUCUCAGAGUCAUGGAAGAGGCUCAGCUCCAGAGGGGGUUCCACCAAGAGGGGGGCGCUCAACUCUCAGCAGCCACCGGCACAGAAAUCGUGGAUAGAAAGAGCAUUCAGCAAGAGAGAAUGUGUUCAUAUCAUAGUGAGCGCCAAAGACCCCCAUAGGUGCUGUUGUGGUCGUCUGAUAGGUCAGCAUGUGGGCCUGCCCCCGGGCAUCUCAUCCAGUCAGAACGAUAAGGCAGAGCGUUUGGCCAAGAAUGACAGCCUGUCAGAGAAGUGGUCGAUCAGCAAACACACACAGCUCAGCCCCACUGAUGCCUUUGGCACCAUUGAGUUCCAGGGAGGAGGACACUCCAACAAAGCCAUGUACGUGCGAGUGUCUUAUGACACCAAGCCUGACCUGCUGCUCCACCUGAUGACCAAGGAGUGGCAGCUGGAUCUGCCCAAGCUGCUCAUCUCAGUCCACGGGGGCCUGCAGAACUUUGAAUUACAGCCUAAACUCAAACAGGUCUUUGGCAAAGGGCUCAUCAAGGCUGCCAUGACAACAGGAGCCUGGAUCUUCACCGGCGGGGUCAACACAGGGGUGAUUCGUCAUGUGGGUGAUGCACUGAAAGACCACGCCUCCAAGUCAAGGGGAAAGAUCUGCACCAUUGGCAUUGCUCCAUGGGGCAUCGUAGAAAAUCAAGAGGAUCUUGUUGGCAAAGAUGUGGUGCGUCCAUACCAGACCAUGUCCAACCCCAUGAGCAAGUUGACAGUUCUAAACAGUCUCCACUCCCACUUCAUUCUGGCAGACAAUGGCACCACUGGAAAGUACGGCGCUGAGGUCAAACUGCGACGGCAGCUAGAGAAACACAUCUCCUUGCAGAAGAUCAACACACGUAUUGGUCAAGGUGUGCCUGUGGUGGCUCUGAUCGUAGAGGGAGGCCCGAAUGUGAUCUCCAUUGUACUGGAGUACCUCAGGGACACGCCUCCCGUCCCUGUGGUGGUGUGUGACGGCAGCGGCAGGGCCUCUGACAUCUUGGCCUUUGGACACAAAUACUCUGAGGAGGGAGGCAUAAUUAAUGAGUCUCUAAGAGACCAGUUGCUGGUGACUAUCCAGAAGACUUUCACCUACAGCCGCACACAGGCCCAACAUCUGUUCAUCAUUCUCAUGGAGUGCAUGAAGAAGAAGGAGCUGAUAACAGUUUUCCGGAUGGGGUCGGAGGGUCAUCAGGACAUUGACCUUGCCAUUCUCACUGCAUUACUCAAAGGUGCCAACGCUUCAGCUCACCAGCUGAGUUUGGCUCUGGCAUGGAACAGAGUGGACAUCGCCCGCAGUCAGAUCUUUAUCUACGGACAGCAGUGGCCUGUCGGUUCCCUGGAGCAGGCUAUGCUAGAUGCCUUAGUUCUGGACAGAGUGGACUUUGUCAAGCUGCUGAUUGAAAAUGGAGUCAGUAUGCAUCGUUUCCUCACACUUUCCAGACUGGAGGAGCUCUACAACACGAGACAUGGACCGUCCAACACGCUGUACCACCUUGUCAGAGAUGUCAAGAAGGGAAACCUGCCCCCGGACUACCGCAUCAGCCUCAUCGACAUUGGACUGGUUAUUGAAUACCUCAUGGGAGGGGCAUAUCGAUGUAACUACACCAGGAAGAGAUUCAGAACACUAUACCACAACCUCUUUGGACCCAAGAGGCCCAAAGCCCUGAAACUGCUGGGGAUGGAGGAUGACAUGCCCAUCCGCAGAGGCCGCCAGAAGACGACACGUAAACGAGAGGAGGAAGUGGACAUUGAUUUGGAUGAUCCUGAAAUUAACCACUUCCCUUUCCCCUUCCAUGAGCUUAUGGUGUGGGCCGUGCUUAUGAAACGUCAGAAGAUGGCGCUGUUCUUUUGGCAGCAUGGUGAAGAAGCUAUGGCCAAGGCUUUGGUAGCAUGUAAGCUUUGUAAGGCCAUGGCACACGAAGCCUCAGAGAACGACAUGGUGGAUGACAUCUCCCAGGAACUAAACCACAACUCCAGAGAGUUUGCCCAGCUGGCAGUGGAACUCCUAGACCAGUCCUAUAAACAGGACGAGCAGAUGGCCAUGAAGCUGCUGACAUACGAGCUAAAGAACUGGAGUAACGCCACCUGCCUACAGCUGGCGGUUGCGGCGAAACACAGAGAUUUCAUCGCUCACACCUGCAGUCAGAUGCUGCUGACCGACAUGUGGAUGGGACGCCUGCGUAUGCGCAAGAACUCAGGCCUGAAGGUAAUCUUAGGCCUGCUUCUGCCGCCGUCCAUCCUGAGUCUGGAGUUCAAAAACAAGGAUGAGAUGUCUUACAUGCCCCAGGAUCAGGAGGCCUACCUGCAGGAGAAGGAGGAGGAGGAGCCUGAGAAACCAGUCAAGGAGAAGGAGGAGGAAGACAUGGAGUUCACAGUAAGAUCUUACUGUGAGGCGCAGUACAACUCCGUGGCAAUGCUGGGUAAAGUAACCACAGAGACAUCCAGAAAGAAGGAUGUUGAGGAGGUUCAAAACCGCCACCGCCUCAUCCCCAUGGGACGCAAGAUAUACGAGUUCUACAACGCUCCAAUUGUCAAGUUCUGGUUCCAUACGAUGGCAUACGUGGGCUACCUGAUGUUGUUCAACUACAUCGUCCUAGUCAAGAUGGACCUGUGGCCCUCUGCUCAAGAGUGGAUCGUCAUCGCUUACAUCUUUACCAACGGCAUUGAAAAGAUGAGAGAGAUACUGAUGUCAGAGCCUGGGAAGUUGUUACAGAAGGUGAAGGUGUGGCUUCAGGAGUACUGGAACAUCACAGACCUCAUGGCCAUCCUCAUAUUCUCUGUCGGCAUGGUCCUGCGUCUCCAAGAGCCACCUCUCAUGAGCUACGGGCGGGUCAUCUAUUGUGUCAACAUUAUCUAUUGGUACAUCCGGCUGCUGGACAUCUUUGGGGUCAACAAGUACCUUGGUCCCUAUGUGAUGAUGAUUGGCAAGAUGAUGAUCGACAUGAUGUAUUUUGUGAUCAUCAUGUUGGUGGUGCUGAUGAGUUUUGGGGUGGCGCGUCAGGCCAUCCUAAACCCUAAUGAAGACCCGUCCUGGAUGCUAGCUAGGAACAUCUUCUUCAUGCCUUACUGGAUGAUCUACGGAGAGGUGUUUGCCGACCAGAUUGACCCCCCCUGUGGGCAGAACAUCACUACAGAGGAUGGGGGUGUGGUGGCCCUGCCUGCCUGUAAAACGGGUGCCUGGAUUGUCCCUGCCAUCAUGGCAUGCUAUCUGCUGGUGGCCAACAUACUGCUGGUCAACUUACUCAUAGCUGUGUUCAAUAAUACAUUCUUCGAGGUGAAGUCCAUCUCCAACCAAGUUUGGAAGUUCCAGCGCUACCAGCUCAUUAUGACCUUCCAUGAGCGCCCCGUCCUUCCUCCACCCCUUAUCAUCUUCAGUCACAUAACUAUGGUCCUCAAGCAUCUGUGUUGUCGCUGGCGCAAGCAGGACGACGACGAGAGGGACUAUGGACUGAAACUCUUCAUCACAGAGGAUGAGCUGAAGAAAGUCCAUGACUUUGAAGAGCAGUGCAUAGAAGAGUACUUCAGAGAGAAAGAUGACCGAUUCCACUCUUCCAAUGAUGAGAGGAUCAGAGUCACGUCUGAAAGGGUGGAGAAUAUGGCAAUGCGUCUGGAAGAAGUGAAUGAAAGGGAACACUUUAUGAAGGCCUCACUGCAGACUGUUGAUAUUCGUCUGGCCCAAAUGGAGGAGCUGAUUGGGCGAAUUGCUGUAGCACUGGAGCGCGUGACUGGUGUUGAGCGAGGUGAGGUCAACAAAGUGCGUUCCCGGACUUCAUCUGACUGCACAGACUCAGCAUACAUACUCCGCCAGGGUGAGUGCCCAGAUGCAGCAUACAUCCUCCGUCAAAGCAGCUUUAACAGCACAGAAGGUAAUGCCUAUCGCCUGCAGGAGGCACUGGAGGGAACAGCUGAAGGCUCCAUGUCCCCUCCUUCUCCUACUGGCAUGGCUACACGGACAAGAAGCCACUCCUUUUAUGUUGGAGGCGGUCGUGGUGGUGAACGUGCAAGUGGAGCUGAACGAGCCGAGAGCUUCUUCAAGGAACGCUCACUCAGUCUGCACCGAGCCAACAGCUCGCAAUCCGUGUCCUCAACUGCCGCCACCAAGGAGUCUAAGCCCCUCCCCUUGGCGACGCUGUCAGUCUCCCAGCAGCACCGUCCAUCGUCAUGCAUUGAUAUCUAUGUCUCAACUUCUGAGGAGGUGGGGCCUGCAGAAGUCUUUCUGGAUCCUCUCCGUAUGGUCCCACAGCUCCAGAGAGACUCCUCGCUGCAGUCGGAUACUAUGGAGACGGUGCUGCCGGGAGGCCGGGACUUCAGCAGCGUUGCCACCAGCGGUAUGGGCGAUAGGCACUCGGAGGACGGCGCAGGCAGCAGCGGAACAGCUGGAGCCAUUUUUGAUGACAGUGCAGCUGCUGAUUUGUCAUUGUGCUCAGCCCACCUCUUACCAGACACCACUUUACCUCCUUGGGACAUGGAACCUUCCCCACCUCCCUCGGCAGGGCUGCUUGAGCGCUCUAAGAGCAGCCGCUACCUCUCUACAGCAGGCACAGCAUUCCUGGAUGAGCCCCCUCUGGUCAAGUCCCACAGCCUCAUGUUCACACCAAGAGGCUGCUACAGUGGUCUGGGGGCAGGGGUCCAGGUAAAAGCAGCAGAGUACACCAGCAUCACUGACUGCAUCGAUACACGCUGUGUCUCAGCUCCAUACACUCCUGCAGAACGCUCACACUCUCCCGGAGGAUGCACCUCCUUCCCCUUUGAUAAGCCCUCAGAUAUUGGUUCCUCUCACCCAGAGAGAGAGGCAGAGCUUAGUCACACAGAGUCUGAUCCAGAGGACCCUGAGGACUUGAUUCCGGCCCCUGAUACCCCUCGUCUAGGGGGCCUUAGCGGGCCCAGUGGGACCCCUCUCUGCUCCCCCUUCUCCAGGCUGGAGCGAGCAAACAGCUGCUCCUCAGACGACUCCCAUCCUUCCCUCACACUGGCCCCUCCGCACCGGAAGAGCCUGUCGGUGAGUGAGAGGAUGGAGAGGGGACCGGGUCUGGGGGCAGACAGGGGGCCUGGGCCAGGGGGCCGGGGUCUGGCAGGAACCAGAAACCCCUUCCUCAGGAGCAAGUCUGGAGCACGGCCUGAAACAGCUAAGACUGACAGCCUCUCCAUGAGAAAGCUGGCCACUCCGUCAGCUUUCCGCAGCUUCGAUAGACAAAACUAUACGUGACAAGAACACUGGUCAGCACACUCACACACUGAUUGGACCAGGGAGGAAAACUGAGAGGGUCAAGGGCAAAAGUGAAAGCAGGGUGAAGUUGCCCAUAGAUGCUGAUCUGGACCAGAUCUACAGUUUUAUAUACUUACGUUUUAGGUUAGAAAAGGUGAUAAAAGUUUAUUUAUAGUCAGCGCUGGAGGGCAACUUUACCCUGGAUCAGGAGUCAGUGGGAGAAGGAUGUCAGAUGUAGGGGUCCUAUUGUACACCAGUCAAAAACAAAGAGCUAUGAAUCUAGAGUAGUUUUUACCUCCUCUUGUAGCUAAAUAACUCUCAACGGGGUGUUAUGGCAAUGGAAGGUGUAUUUGUACUGUAUGUCUUCCACCCACCACCUUUAUGUCAAGUAGACAUCUGUCACUGUGUUACAUCACAUAUCAAUCACGUUAGUCAGAGAAAGUGUACUGUUACUCCUAGCUGCAUUAAAAGGUAGAAACUGUCAAGUCUGAGCGACAAAGAGUGAGGAGAAAGAAAGAAAAACAGCCACCUCAUUUUGUCUUAGCGUAGAGUCAUUACUGUCGCAAAUCUUUCGCUUUAAAUACAUUUUCCUCUCUUCAUAUAAUCCUAACUCCACUCUGUAAGACCCCAGCACUAGCAAUCAGAAAUAAGCUAACAUUUCUGGCCGCUUCACAAAGGAAUCAAGGAAGUUCUUGGAACCAUCAGUAACUAUUUCCCCUCUUGGUUGCACCAGAAAUGAUUGCUCUAACAUGGCAACAACUUACCUCUGGAUACACACUUUUCAAAUAAUAGAUAUGUAUCUCUUUAUUCAAAGGAAUAUCAAAUUUGCCUUUCAUUGUCUUUUGUAGCAUAAUUUACCUACAAAACAUUUUUUAUUUCUUUUGUCAGUUCAACUAGAGAAAGAAAGCAGUGUUUGAACAUAAUCCUGUCAAAAGGUCAUUACUCUAUAACCUGUCUCCAGGCAUGGCUGUCAAGUGGAACAGUAAAAUAUGUGUUUAUGUGCCACGUGAUUAGAGUGAAAAGCUCGUUAUCAUGAACAAAUGAGAGAGGAAAUGUGUGACAUGAAGACUGAGAUUAGGUGACAUCCGGUGUUACAGCUUAAUGUUGGGGGCAGCACUGAGUCGAGGUAUAAAUCUACAGCAGGAAAAUAACAGGAUCAGGAGACAGAAGAGUUUAAAUGAUGAUGAUGUUUGCACACACACAUAUGCUGUCAGUGAAAUCUUACACAAUAUGAAAAUAAACUCUAGUUCAGACCUGAUCGCUGAGAGCUUUAACAAGUGCAAUUGACAGAAAAAUGGGGACAAGAAGGCACAUUGAGCCUAUUUCAGAAGCAAUGCUUGCUGAGUGAACCAGAUAUGAACCUUGUUUGCCUGCACCUGACACCAAAAAUCUUUACACCUAACCAAUCAUUGCUCUCUUGUAGCUCAGCCUUCCUCCUUCAGGAUUUGGCAGUGGUAUUAACGUGGUUUUACAUCCACCUACACCUAAUGGAUCCGUCCAUCUGUUCCGUAACUGUCAUUCAUUUGCUUUUCUCCUUUUUUUCCUUUUCUUUUUAUUUAAUUUAAUUGCGUUCAAAGCCAGCCACUGCAAAAGGAGAAUUUAAAAGGAAGCAAAUGACCGAUGACUAAGCCCAUUAUAAAUCAUAUACAGGUCAAGAAGAGUUCCUAAAGAAAGAGCUAAUUUAUGAUUUUUAAAGCUUGACAUAAGCUGUAAAGUAUAUGCAUUAUAGCUAAGAAAUAUGAAAGAUGUGCAUUUUAAGUGGCAUGCAGGAUGAAACAUGGUGUUUUUAAUAUUCUAAGAUGAAAGCCAGAUCAGUGUUUAAAAUUUUUCUCAUUUUUUUAUUCUGAUGGAAAAAGUCUGGUGGGAGGAAGAGGCCCUACUCUGAUAGCUUUGUAAAGAUAAGUGAAAUUACAGAUUACAGAUUUUUUUAUGUUUCUUUUUAUAUUUCCUCACUAUUAAAUUCAGUUUAAUCAUGUUGCAUUUAUUUUGAGAUUGAUUCUAUUUAUUGACAUUUUCUUGCUCACUAUUGAUUAUUACAGUAAAUGCCUGUUUGAAUUACGAAAUCAAUAUUUAUAUCUUCUCAGUGAUAUUUUUGUCAACUUUUAAGUAUUUUCUAAUUAAGCUUUUAAAUUUAAUAAAAGAUGACCAUCGACAUGCACUAAAUGCUGAUGUAUUAUAUUAUUUAUUAAAUAUAGAAUUGUCUGAUAUACUGUACAUUUAAAUCAUAUUUGAAGUAUUUAAAGUAGUUUUUAUUGUAUGUUUUAUCAAGCAGCUCAUGAGAAUUUUCUAAUGAAAAGUUGACAAGGCAAUACACUGUUGCCAGUAUACUAAACUUAGGGUGCCUUUUGGGCAUGGAUGGAGUAAGUGAUUCAGAAACCUGUGAAAUUUCUCAUUUUUUUAGUUUUUUCCCUAAUCAUAGAGCCCAAAUAUCUGUGAUUAUUUUCAACAUGUGGCUUUUGCAUACACACAUAAACCCUUGUUGUUCUCUAUAAACACAUCUGAUGUACAGAGUUGGGGGGGUGGGUGGUGUUAUUAUUAGUAGACUGUAUUAUUGCUUGUAUGGACAUUUAUUUGAAUCUGCCAAAACACAUAAAAUGAUCUCACUGAGAAUCAUUGGUGAAGAAAAAAGUCUAUUUGCACAUGAAAGCUGAGACAUAAGGAUGAGGAUAUAGCAUCACCAUACGGUUGCUGUUGUUGCAGUAACUCUAUGUAUUGCUUGAACGUUUAUCAUUUAACUUAUCUCUGUGUGACAAUUUGACUUAUCCAAACUGUCCAUACAUCUAUCAACCCUGACCCAACCCUCAAACCUUAAACAGGUGCUCCGGUGAUUUAGGUACUGCACUUCGGCAAAGUUGGGUUACUUUCUAGAGCCAGAUUUUAAUAAAAUGAAUAGUCAAAACUGAAGAAACAGAGGAGGCUGCGAUAUCCUGACUUUUAGUGUGGGUCAUGAUUUAAGAACACUGGGUCCUACAAUUCCCAUAGUGCAACUCAACAUCUUUUGAUAGACCUACCCUGACUGUUAAAGGCACUCCUUACUCCUUACCGCCAGUUAGUAAUGCAGGUUGUCUGUGAAAUAUUUUAAGUCUUAAGCCUAACUGAACAUAACUUGAUGACAUCAUCGGGAUUAUGUGGACACAUGAUUAUUUUGGGCAAUGUAGGUUGGACAGAUUGGGGAGUAACACUUAUAUACCUAUAAGAUGGCAAAUGGGAUGUUGUAGCCCGUCGAUACGUUCAAAGAAUCAGACUUGCAAUUUCCUGAACGAAUAUGUAGGUUACAGUGUGUUUUAGAGAGGAAAGGUUGACCCCAAGUCAAUGCUCAGGGACAGCGUUACCACAGUGAUGCAAGAUACGAAGUAUAUCAUGGUGGGAAGAAAGAUAUAGAGAGAAUGGAAUUAGUAUUUAGCAGAAGGCUUCCAAUAUGAUCACUGUGCUUUAUGAGUCUAUCCCAGAGUCCAUGAGGAUCUUAGGGAAAUCUAUGUAUUUUGUGUUGUAUGUUUUCAGAAAUGGCAAUAGAAUAUGAAUGAAUGUCUUCAUACAUGAUCGAUUGACAUUGUUCACCCACAGGAGUUUAAGUUCUUAAUCCAAACAACAAGAAUUACAUUUUGUUAGAGAGGGCUUUGGUCACGCACAGUUGACCCUCAAACACUGAACCAAACCAAACUUUGCCAAAGCAGAUGGAGUUGUGCUUUACUGACCGGCCUAUACAGCUGUGGCAGACAGGGUUAGCCAAGCAAAGGUCGUACAGCUCAACUCAGUUUUGCAUGGCUAAACAGGAUGACUGUGUCGGACUGAAAGUUUAGGCCCUCCUAUUUGACCUUUUGUGAUAGAAAAAUGAAAUUAUUCUUCUUUUUAUUUUUAUUUCAUCCUUGCAGUAAGGAAUAUGAGAUAGUAUACAUGUCCGUAGCAUUUCUAAACUCGUGUGAACAUGAUUCUAUAAAUGGUUUUGUGAGAUGUUGACAUGACUGUUGUGGAAGGUAUUGAUGGGAGGUGUGCGUGUGUGUAUAUGUGUGUGAACCCGGACAUGUGGAUGACACCAGUAACAGGGAGGCAUGCCGACACAACAUAAUCCAACAGAUUCUUAAUGUACAGUAUUUUUGAAAUAUUUUCCUAUACUGUAUCUUACAGUUUUGUGGAAUCAUGAGCACAUGAUGAUAAUCAACAUAUCUCCUUCCCUCCUGUGACAACCUGUGAGUCGUAAGCUAAAGAGAGUUUCACGCACAUGUGUUUUUCUGCAAUAACUGCUGAUGUUACGCUUCUACAACUGAAAGGGACAUACCCCCCUACUGGUUACACUUUAUUUAAUGUCCUUCAAAUGCAUGCAGUUCUUCCACUCAGAGUGUACAGAAAUGACCUGUAAAGAUGACUGAGAGAAAUAUAGAGAGAGAUUAUAAUAUGAAAUCAAAGUAGUGAGUAUUUGGAUGCAAAUACAAAUCUGUAUUCUUCAAUGUGAAUAGGAUCAUGUCUGGCAUGCAUUGUUAAAUAAAAAAUUA